CCACAGUACAUCUUGGUGACCAACAUACUAAAAAAAGAUUCUAAGAAGUAUGGUCCUUUCUCCCCAGGAACAGAGCCCCUGGUGCCUGCACAAGACAUGGCCUCCCAGGUGAAGCGAGAGGAAGCCCUAUGUGUUCGGAGCCAAAGGGGCCUGGAAGAAAGAGCCAUCCCCACAGAAUCCAUCACUGAUUCCCCCAUCUCUGCCCAGGACCUCUUGUCCCGGAUUAAGCAAGAGGAACAGCAGUGUGUGUGGGACCAGCAGGAUUUGGCAGAGAGAGAUAUUCCCACAGAUCCCAAUUCAGAAUCUCUUAUCUCAGCACAUGACAUUUUGUCCUGGAUCAAGCAGGAAGAGCAGCCGUACCCAUGGGGCCCACGUGACUCAAUGGAAGGAGAGCUCGGAUUAGACUCGGGCCCAAAAGAUGCUACUGUAUUCUCUGGAACUGGAGUUAUGGACAGCUGUAAGCUGCACUGGAGGGGUUUGAACCCAGAUCCUCUGCAACAAUCCUCUCCACCCCCCUGGUUUCCAUUUUUACAAGGUGACAGCCUGCUGCUGGUGAAGAAUACCUUCGGCGUGCGCAAGAGCCUCAUCAUCCACCACCGCAGCCACACCAAGGAACGGCCCUAUGAGUGCGCGGAAUGCGAGAAAAGCUUCAACUGCCACUCCGGCCUCAUCCGCCACCAGAUGACGCACCGUGGUGAACGGCCCUACAAAUGCUCCGAGUGCGAGAAGACCUACAGUCGCAAGGAACACCUGCAGAACCACCAGCGGCUGCACACGGGCGAGCGGCCCUUCCCCUGUCCUCUCUGCGGCAAGAGCUUCAUCCGCAAGCAGAACCUGCUAAAACACCAGCGCAUCCAUACGGGCGAGCGGCCCUACACUUGUGGCGAGUGCGGCAAGAGCUUCCGCUACAAGGAAUCACUCAAGGACCACCUGCGCGUGCACAAUGGCCCUGGCCUGGGGGUCCCACGGCCGCUGCAGGUGCCGCCAGAGCGAGACUAGGGUUGGGCUGGGGGGCGGGGAGGACCGGACUGAAGUUGGGGCGGGCCAGGGUUUCAGAGGACCAACCCACCGUUCCCAGCACACCUCCUCGCCCUCUCACCACUCCUGCUGGAAAUCAGCACAGGAAUUGCACUCCAGACAGGGUAUUCCAAGGGGUGGACUGGGGUACCCCAGUACUGUCUAACCCUCGUGGACAGUCCAGCUCAUCUCAUAGGGUGGACCCAGUGGCUAGGGGGGGUUCCAGAGGAACAGCAAGGCAGCAGGAAUCGUUUGGACAGUGUGUCCUGGUAUGCCUACUGGCCGCCGGGGCCACAAAUUCUGAUCAGGGAGAGUGAACAGGGAGUCUCAAAACCCCUCUAAAAUAAGGAAAUGUGAUCCAACCUAAGGUGAGGAGACACCCUGAAAAAGAAAGCAAAGAUGCAAUAGGAAACUGAGGGAUGUGCUAAGGGUAACAUUCUCAUGACAACACUGCCUCGUGCUCUAACAGCGCUUUAUACUUUUUUAAGAGUGUUUUCUAUUCGUUAAUCUAUUUACACCCUUAGCUUAUCCCUUCGAGAUAGGUGGGGUAGGAUUUUCCUGAUAUGGUAGCUGAGGAAAGUGAGACACAGGUGAGAUAGAUGUUUAGCAAGACCAAGUGAGAACAGUGUGGCUGAGCCGCACCAGGGCUCCAGCCAGCGCAGUGUCCCCACCGCACACACUGCCUACCUCUGUCGGUCUCAGACCUCUCUCACCUGGCCUUCCUGGUUUCUUUCUUCUCUCCCUUCCCUCCCCUGGUCCCCCAAAUCCUCUCAGAAGCAACGGGGGACAACUCCUGGGGUUACUGGGAAUGGGUAAUUGAUUGGCUGUAAAUGUCUAGGCUUGUUCUUGGGAAGGCUCGUCUUUGAUGUGAGCCUGGGCCCUAGCAUCCUGGUCCCCCAGCCUGUCUUUCCCAAUGUUGAUCAUUCAGUCAGGUGCAGCAGCAGCUUUUCACUGCACAGUUAAGGCCAGGCCCUCCAGAGGCAGCUGGUGCCCUGGGUCAGACCUCACCCUGAUGAUUUACUCAUUUCCCAGGGCACAGGGUGAGGAAAGACCGGCUGCUAGAGUAGCCACCAAGGAAUGAGACUCUGCCCAAGAGGGCUGGGCAAGUGGGUGCUAGAGCCUGAGCUCUCUCCUGCCCUGGGCAUCCCAGUUGGUGCUAUCUGUUAACUGAUUGUGCUCAUGGACAUGGACACAGACCUACUAUGCUCUGACCCUGCAGGCGCCUUGGGAAGCGCCCAAAGGACUCCUUUUCAUGUUGGUGCAUCGCUCCACGGCUCCCAGCACUGCAGCCUGGUGGGCCAGUCUCCAUUUCAGCAUCUUGCAUGGCCAGGCACUGGGGUGGGGUGGCAUGCCCCAGGACCCUUGUUUGUGUCAAAGUGGCUUUCCUGCUCCUCUUGUGGAUCCUGUUUCUCUCCCGCCAGGGAGUGUGGUGGGUGGCCAGCAUUCCACGGCACCGCCUUUGUGAGCUUCUGUCCUUUUGCUCAUCUGUGCUGCUCCGCUUUCCUCAGACCCCUUUUUGCCGUGCAAAGGGAAUUCUUGAAAUUAAAUAAAAGGUAUCCAGAUUGCA